AUGGCGUCUAUUACGAUUGAGCGAAUCCUGGCCGCUGCGCCGGUCACCACCCGGGGCCAGGCAACGCUGCUCUCGGCCGAUGCCAAAGGCACUAGAAUCGCCUAUGCCUCUGGCAAGUCCAUCUUUGUUCGAUCCAUCGACGACCCCUCCAACAGCAAGGAAUAUACCGGCCACACCCACCCCACCACCAUUGCUCGGUUUGCGCCGAGCGGCUUCAAGAUUGCCAGCGGUGACUCUGCCGGUAUCUUGAGAAUAUGGGAGCCCGAGUCUGUUGAAACGACGCGGGGCGAGUAUCCCAUCAUCUCUGGCCCCUUGCUGGAUAUUGCUUGGGAUGGCGACUCCCAGCGCAUCAUUGCCGUAGGCAACGGCCGACAGAAGUUUGGCAAGGCUAUCAUGGCCGACAGCGGCAACUCGGUGGGAGAGAUUAUUGGCCAUACCAAAUCAAUCAACGCCGUCAGCAUCACGCCAAAGCGUCCCCUGCGUGCCGUCACCGUUGGCGAUGACGGAAACGUCAACUUCUACCACGGAGUCCCGUUCGAAUUCAAGAGAGUGACCAACUUGCACACUGGCUUUGUUCUGGGCGCCGUCUACUCUCCUGAUGGAUCUACAUUUGUGACUAUUGGACAGGAUAGACGGAUACAGCUGUACGAUGGCGUUUCGGGAGAGCCUAUCAAACAAAUCGGCGAGGGAGAGCACACUGGUAGCAUCUUUGGUGUCUCGUGGUCCCAGGACGGAAAGAAGUUUGCAACGGCCAGCGCAGAUCAGUCCGUCAAGCUGUGGGACGUUGAUUCUGGCAGCGUCCUUCAGACCUGGAAGUUUGGCGAGGGAGUUAGCGUGCGUGACCACCAGGUUGGCGUCGUCAUCCCUCACGGUAGAACGGAUGGCCUCAUCAUCAGCAUCAACUUGGCUGGCGAGCUCACAUACUUGCAAGAGGGCAAGAAUGAACCCGUCAGUAUUGUGCAGGGCCACGACAAGGGAAUCACGGCCUUGGUCGGAACCUCAGAUGGCCAGGGUGCUCUGACUGGCAGCUUUGACGGUCGUGUCUGCUCCUGGGACCUUGAGACUGGGACUGCAACUGUCGUGGAUGGCCAAUCUCAUACAAACCAGGUUACCCAGUUCGCCGCAAACGUAGGCAAAGUAUACAGCGUGGGAUGGGACGACACCAUCAAGACGAUUGAUGAGUCUGCCAAGACCUUCCUGGGAGAGUCAGCGAAGCUGCCUGGCCAGCCCAAAGGCGCUGCCUCCGCUGGUGAUGUUGUCUAUGUGGCCACCUUGGCUGGCGUCGCAGCUUAUUCAAACGGCAAGCUGCUCAAGGAGACUCCUCUUGACUUUACGCCAGAGGCUAUUGCGGCCCAUGGAUCCUAUGUUGCCAUUGGAGGCCAGGGAAGCACCGCUAGAAUCUACACCGGCGACUCAAGUGGCAGCCUCGAGUACAAGGAAUCGGUGUCAAGUCCCCUCGGCACCAUCACUGCUCUAGCAUUCUCCAAAGACGGCAGCCACCUGGCUGCGGGAACAAGCGUGGGAAAGAUCUUGGUCUUCAAGGCCGGAUCAUGGGAGCUCGUAACGGACCGCUGGUCGGCACACACUGCGCGAGUCACCUGCAUCUCCUGGGACGAUUCCGGAUCAUAUGCCGCAAGUGGCAGCUUGGAUUCCCACAUCUUCAUCUGGUGCCUGGAGAAGAAGCUCCAAGGCCAACGUAUCAAGGCACCCAAUGCUCACUUGGACGGCGUAACGGGCAUUACUUGGAUCGCGGGCGGCCGCGUAGCAAGCUCUGGAAAAGAUGCGACGGUCAAGAUUUGGGAAGCCAACAAUCUGCCUUAA